AGAUAUACAUAUACUCGUAAAAUAAAUUAAAAAAAUCUAUAUAUUUUGUACACUUCAAAUGAACAUGAGAGGAAGUGUUGCCGUACGGUCUAUGUUCCUGGAUUGUCUCCGGGAAAAUGCCGCCAACAUGCGUCUGGAGCACGAGGAUCUGGGGCGUCGUAUUGCCAUUUCACUCGCCAAUUCCCGGAAAACUCUGGCAAACAUCGAGAGCAUGAAUCUUGAGCUACAGAAAAUGAAGGAAACUAUCCAUAAUGCUCUUAACAACAUUCAAAAAGAUGCGACAUAUGAAAAUAAGUCUUGUCGCAUGCUCUUAAGAAUUUUAGUUAUAGUUGUCAAUGAAUUUGAUUUGGAGGCCGAAUUAGAUCCCAAAAUUGUCACUCGGAUGUUUAUCGAUAAGUCGUUUCAACCGGCACUGGAAGAAACUCUCAAGCCCGUUGAUGAUUCUAAUGUGGAUCAUAAUGGUAGGACCGUCUGUUCUCAAAAUAAUAUUGAUAUGGCUGAGUUUCAUGAUGGACCUAAGCCAAGAGAUGCUUCGGAAGAUAAUUCUAACUUGGUUGACAUGGAAAUAAUUGAAUCCGUAAACGAAUCCAUGUCCCAUAUUAAUUUUCAAUAAUCAACCGUUUAAUAUUUUUGACCAAUUGAAUUAAAUUUUUCAUGGUAAAUUAACCAAAAUAA